CCCGCCUCCUUCUCUCCUCCUCUUCUCUUCUCCAUAAUUGACUAACAGUGGUGAAAAGGGUGUACACAUCUCUGCCGCCAGUUCAAUGACGCCCCGGAGGACAGUCGUGGAGGGCGCCCUGCUGGCACUGGCCUCCUGCGCCCUCGCCCUCGCCACCUCCAGGGUGACCCGUCAGAUCGGCAUGGCCGGCGUCGACUUCCCGACCUACUCGCAGGUGCCGCCCGCCCUGGGCUUCUCGUGCCAGGACAAGAUUCCCGGAUACUACGCCGACCCCGAGGCGCAGUGCCAGGUGUGGCACUGGUGCUUGCCCGGCGGCCAGAAGUACUCGUUCCUUUGCCCCAACAUGACGCUCUUCAACCAGCUGUACAGAGUUUGUGACUGGUGGUACAACGUGGACUGCGCGGGCUCGCCGGACAGCUACAGCGUCAACGAAGAUCUCUACAAGAUUCCUGAAGGACGCAGCUUUGGCAACGAGGCUUUGGUCGACGCGUAGAAAGUGCUCCUUUGUACUCAUGAGUGUAUAUCCCCCAUAUAUAUGUGUGUAUGUAAUGUAUGUAUAAUCACCUGGAAGGAGCUGAUCGCUGGAAAUGUGUAGCUGCAUCUCAUUUUCUGAUUCAUCGAUAGAAUGACAUAAUUGUAAUCUAUGGGAUAUUUACCGACAUGUGAUUUACCUUCAUUUUGUAAAAUGCUGUCGAUAUCUGCUGCAAAAAUACAAAAUGUUACUGGUUUUUGAUUUGGGAUUCACUUGCCAUUGAAUGUAUACACUAUCAAUUAUUAUAUUUUUCGAUCUAU